AUGAAUUUAUAUCCAAAUUUCAUUACCUUCGUGCCACUCGGCUUACUGCACAUUGAUGGUCUUCCCCAUGGUGCCGAAACCUUCUCAGAUGUUUCACCCUCAGAUGCUCAUUUCCUUAUGCUAGCCUUCUUUGGCUCGCGAAAGCAUGUUGACUCUACUCUCACUGAUCUUCGGCCGGAUUUCGUUUUCUUAGAUCACGCGCACUGGGUUCCAUCAUUUGCACGUCAAGUUGGCAUCAAAUCUGUUGCUUUCAUUACAAGGGGCGCUGCAUCUACUGCAUACAUUAUAGUACCUUCCUGUAAUAUACAAAAUGAUGAUGAUAAAACUAGGCUGAGUUUAAUGGAACCUCCGCCUGAUUUUCCACAUGAUUCUUCGUUAAAGCUUUACGCCCAUGAAGUUGAAGAUGCAAUACCAUUUUGGGCUGACAAGAACGAAGACAGCGGAGGUUUGACGACUCACCAACUAGUGGUUAAUUCCUUAACCGAGUGUAAUUUCAUUUGCAUAAGAACCUGCAGAGAGAUCGAAGGUUCUUAUUGUGAUUACUUAGAGAUUCAAUAUAAAAAACCAGUUUUACCAACAGGUCUGCUUCUUCCUGAUCAAACUCGUACAUUACUGGAAGAACGUUUGGCUAAUUGGUUGGGAAGUUUCAAAACAGGCUCAGUUAUUUACUGUGCAUUUGGGAGUCAGAUUAUUUUGAGCAAGGACCAAUUCCAAGAACUGAUUCUUGGCAUUGAGCUAACGGGGCUGCCAUUUCUCGUAGCGUUGAAACCACCUGCAGGUUUUGAGACGGUAGAUGAAGCAUUGCCGGACGGGUUCAAGGAGAGGGUUGGAGGGAGAGGAUUGGUUCAUGGCGGUUGGGUUCAACAGCCAAAGAUAUUAGCUCACAAGUCAGUUGGAUGUUUCGUGAGCCAUUGCGGGUUUGGGUCAUUGUCAGAAUCAUUACUGAAUGAUGUUCAGUUAGUUUUGAUGCCGCAAAUGGAUGAUCAGUAUUUGACGUCUAGGCUAUUGAGUGGUGAACUAAAAGUGGCUGUGGAAGUUGUGAAGAAUGAAAGUUGGUUUAGCAAAGAAAGUAUUUGUAGUGCAAUUAAGAUGGUGAUGGAUGAAGAUAGUAAAGCUGGAUUUGAGAUAAAGGCUAAUCACUUAAAUUUAAAAGGCUUACUGUCUAAACAAGGAGUCGACUCGUCCUAUAUCGAUAAUUUCAUCAACAAGUUACAGGAAGAGAUUAACAAGUGA